GAAUUUAGUGAACGCUUCUCUUGGCAGCGAUUCAACGACUAUUUUUUAGCAGUGGUUUAGUGUUUCGACGGUCGUCGACGUGGCCUGAGAAAUGUGAUGUGGUGCGCAGGAAUCGUCUGAUUCAAUAUAUACGCAUUGAAAUGGCUUGAGCCACGUGUCUCCAGUCUGAUAUCGAGUAUGGCGGAGAUAGAGCGCUUGAAGCGUUCGAGGAACGCCGCCCGAGGGUGGCUGAAUCGUGCAGGCGAGUCCCUGAGCGCCGCGCUGACAAGCAAAGAUGCAAAGCAAAGUGACGCACAGACAAGCAAAGAUGUGGAUCUUUUUGAACUGGAAACCAUGCUUGCUCUCUUUGAUAGGAGGAUGUGUAACUUUGAAGCCGCGCAGGCGGCUCUUGAGUCGGAACAAUCUGAGGAGGACACCCUGUCCGACCAGUCUUCAGGGUCGUUGGACCAGUUGAUCAUGUUGAGAGCGAGGGCCAUGAAACUGCUGGCAGUCCACCAAGCAGCACCAGCUUCUGGUGCUGGGAUCCGAGGUGAGACCCCCAAGCUACCGAGGUUGGACCUGCCCCGUUUCUCUGGAAAACCCCAAGAUUGGCCUGCAUUUUGGGAGGCGUUUUGUGUCGCAGUACAUGAUUCGAAGUUAGCAGAUGUCACAAAGCUCACCUAUCUGAGAACGUUGCUGGAUGGUGAGGCGAAGAGAUGCGUGGAGGGGCUCGCAUUGAGUAGCGAGAGUUACAAGAUAACAUGUGAUCUUCUGCAAGAGCGGUUUGGACGCAAGGAUUUAAUAAUAUUUUCUCAUGUGCAAGCUCUCCUCAACCUUGAUCCUAUUCCUUUGGACAAGCUCCGUGACCUAGUAGAUAUCCUCCUCAUCCACAUCAGAAGCCUGGAAGCCCUCGGCAUUACAGGAGAGUCCUAUGGUGUCCUUCUAAAUCCUAUCAUCCUUUCCCGACUACCCAAUGCUGUCCGCCUGGAGUGGGCCCGUGAAGCCGAGGAGAAGGAGGCUGAUCUUGAUCAUCUCAUCGGGUUCCUGACGAGGGAGGUGGAGCGGCGAGGUCGCUCUGGUGUCUACGUGGGACUGGCUGGUGCUGGAGCAUCAUCUUCAUCUUCACGAGCCAGUGGUGCCGGCGCUUCUUCACGGGCUGGUGGUGCCGGAGUCUCCGCUCGGGCUGGCAGUGCCGGCGGUUCUUCAUCUUCGAGAGGUGGGGGCAGCCACCCUGCUGUCACUAGCCGGCGCCCGUCUGUGUACAUGGAGGCGCGGGGCACCGGCCCUGGUCUACCCUCCGGGGCAGCUCUGCACUCAUCUGAGCUUAAGUGCUCUUUCUGCGGUAAGGGACAUGUCUCUGAGAGAUGUAGAGUGUUCCAGCGUCUGAAUCUCCGUCAGAGAUUUCAGAAGCUUCGUGAGUUGUACGCAUGCUUCUCAUGCCUUGAGGUGGGCCAUCGGGCCACUGAUUGUGGUAGGAUGUGUGAUCGUUGUGGAGGUAACCAUCACCCAUUGUUGUGCAUGGGUAAGAGUGUCGGAGUGCCAUCCCGUGUAGAGGUAGGUGGUGUGGAGAGGGAGCAGACAGCUGCUCUGCCUCAGUCUGACUCUAGUCAGACUCAGAGUCUCAGUGUGGUGGCUGAUGCAGCCCCGGAGGGAGGGCCCCAGGGGGGUGGAGGUGCGUCACUGUCAUGUGAUGGAGAUAAGAAGUGUUCUGUGCUCCCUGUAGCAAGGGUGCUGGUGCAGGGUCACGGGGGGAGUCUUGUUGAGGCCAACCUUCUGUUGGAUUCUGGCUCAGACACUACUUACGUGAGCAGUGCGCUUGUGCGCAAGGUGCAGCCGCGUUGGUGUGGCUCCACGGAGGUGGGGUAUGCAGUGUUCGGAGGAGGAAAGGUUCCCAGAGCCACCCGUGACGUGUAUGAGCUGAGUGUGAGUGGUUCACAUGGUUCUGUAUCUGCCCCUCAGAACCUCAGAGCUGUGGCGGUUCCAGCCAUAUGUGCCCCCCUCGCGCGUCCACUUCUGCCGGCCUCUGUUCUGGAUCAGCUUGAUGGUGUAGUCCUGGCUGACCCGCUAGAGAGUGAGAGUCUGCACAUCGACAUUCUGGUCGGUGUUGAUCAGUUCUGGCAACUGGUAAGUGGGGAGACGCGAGUACUGCGAGAGGGUAUGGUGGCUCAGAGAACUGUGUUCGGCUGGGUGCUGAGCGGUCAGGUGAGUGGCGUAGAUGACCACAAGGGUGGAUGUCAGCUCCUGUGUCUGGGUGACAUACAUGAGUCGGCGCUGCGCCGUCUGUGGUCACUGGAGGGAGUAGGUGUGACGGAUGUGACCACUGGUGAUGAGUCUGAUGUGAUGACCACGUUCGAGUCCACUGUGGAACGAUCAGCUGAUGGUCGUUAUGUGGUGAAACUGCCAUGGAAGGAGGGUGCAGUUGACCUGUUGCAGGAUAACCGAGCUAGUGCUGAGAAGCGGCUGACUGGUCUGGGACGUAAGCUGGAGCGGGACCCUGACCUGCGUGCCUGUUAUGAUGGUGCCCUGUGUGAGAUGGAGGGGGCUGGGGUGAUUACAGAGGUGCCUGUGGAGGAGCUGGUAACCCAGAACCCUACAUUUUACCUGCCCCACCGUCCGGUAGUCAAGGAGAGCAGCACCUCUACUAAAGUCCGCCCAGUGUUCGAUGCGUCCGCUCGUGGGCCUAAUGGUGUCUCUUUGAACGAUUGCUUGGAGGUGGGACCCUGCCUCCUGCCUAACCUGCUGGAGGUUCUCCUGCGUUUCAGGCGUUGGCCGUUCGCAGUGACCGCUGACAUCACGAAAGCCUUUCUGCAGGUCGGUCUGAGUGUCGAGGAUCAAGACACCCACCGUUUCCUGUGGGACUGUGACGGUCGUGUGCGUGUGAUGAAGUCACAGAGGGUCAUUUUUGGUGUCAGUAGUUCUCCCUUCCUCCUAAGUGCUACGAUUAGACAUCAUUUGUCUCUGUACCCUGAUUCUCCUGCCAUUCGUGAGAUGCGUGAGAAUUUCUAUGUGGAUGACCUGUUGUCGGGUGCCGACAGCGAAAGUGAGGCCUCCGCGCUGCUCUCAGAGGCUCAGCGUGUGAUGAGAGAUGCCCACAUGAUGUUGACCAAGUGUCGCUCUAACAGCCCCCUGUUGUUCGACAAGGCGCAGGGUGUGUUUGGUGAGAGUGAGCAUGUGAAGGUGCUCGGUGUGAUCUGGAACCCGACUGAUGACCUGUUCGCAUUCCAGGGCGUGUCACUGCCUGACGACAUUGUUCCCACAAAACGUGUCGUUCUCAGCUUUGUCGCACGCAUGUUCGAUCCCCUUGGAUUCAUCAGCCCGUUUGUGAUGACUCUGAAAUCUCUCUUCCAAGAGCUGUGGCAGCUGGGGUUGCACUGGGAUGACCCGCUGCCGGAGUCCUGUCGUGAGACGUUCGCCAGAUGGCUGAGUGGACUGGCGGUGCUGAAGGAGCUGCGUGUGCCGCGCCGCUACUCGCCGAGCGCGUGGAGGGACGGCCACGGCGCUGAGCUUCUGGCAUUCAGCGAUGCAUCGCCCAAAGGGUAUGGAGCUACCGUUUACAUCCGUGUCCCUUUGGAGGAUGGGUCAUUUCAUGUGUCGCUGGUGAUGGCAAAGAGCCGUGUGGCGCCUGUUAAGAAGCUUAGUCUUCCUAGGCUAGAGCUUCUUGGCUGCCUGAUCGCGGCCCGCCUGGUCGUGUUCGUGAGGAGUGCGCUCCGUCUCUCGCACAGUACUCCGUGCCUCUGUUGGACUGAUUCAAUGGUAGCACUGGGUUGGAUCAGGGCCGAUCCACGUAAGUGGAAGGAGUUUGUGGCCAACAGAGUGACUGAAAUUCAGAGUCUGACGGAUCCUGAACGGUGGCAGCACUGUCCGGGGGAGUGUAACCCGGCUGACCUCACCACACGCGGGGUGUCUGCUGAGGAGCUUGUGAGGUCAGAGCUGUGGCUCAGUGGGCCAUCUUGGCUGUCACACUGUCACACACCUGACGUGAACCAGUCUGUCUUGGUGCAGCACGAUUUGUCCGGCGUCUCUGUGAGUUCUCCCGGAGGUGACGUGUGCCCCCGUGCAGGUGACGUGUGCCCCCGUGGAGGUGACGUGUGUUCCCCUGGUGGUGAUGUGAGCACGCCUGUGUGCUCACCAGGCGGUACCGUGCGCACGCCUGUGUGCUCGCCUGGCUGUGCUGUGUGCACGCCUGUGUGCUCGCCUGGUGGUGCUGUGUGCUCGUCCGGCGGUGCGGCGUGCUCGCCUGGCGGGGCUGUGCGCACUCCCGGCGCAGCCGUGUGCUCGCCUGGCGGUGCUGUGUGCUCGCCUGGCGGUGCUGUGUGCUCGUCCGGCGGUGCGGCGUGCUCGCCUGGCUGUGCUGUGUGCACGCCUGUGUGCUCGCCUGGUGGUGCUGUGUGCUCGUCCGGCGGUGCGGCGUGCUCGCCUGGCGGGGCUGUGCGCACUCCCGGCGCAGCCGUGUGCUCGCCUGGCGGUGCUGUGUGCUCGCCUGGCGGUGCUGUGUGCUCACCAGGCGGUACCGUGCGCACGCCUGUGUGCUCGCCUGGCUGUGCUGUGUGCACGCCCGGCGCUGCCGUGUGCUCGCCCGGUGCUACCUUGUGCACACCGGACGGAGCUGUGUGUUCGUUUGACGAGAAGGUGUCUGAUCCUAUUACUGAGGAGAUGGUUGAAGUAGAGUCCUUCUGUUUGGUGACUUCACAGUUUGAGGAAGUAUUUCCUGUUGAACGCUGGGGUAAGAUGUCCAAGGCUGUCCGUGUGGCGGGCUGGGUCCGUCGAUUUAUACGGAACUGUCGUGUCCCAGCUGACAGGUGCAGUCUUCCUGAUCUGACGACUCUCGAGCUAGCUGACGCGAGGCUCGAUCUGCUGCGACAGGAGCAGCGGAAGGCGUUUUCUGGAGAAUGGAGCGCGUUGGAGAAGCGCCAGUCGCUGCCGAAGGGCUCGCGCCUGAUCGGUCUCGACCCGUUUAUCGCUGACGAUAGACUUCUCAGAGUGAGGGGUCGGCUGGAGUUCUCUGACUUGAUGUACGAGGAGAAGCACCCGAUUCUGCUGCCAAAAUGUCACUUGGCUGUGCUUUUGGCAAGAGAGCAGCAUGUUCUUCUGAAACAUGCGGGUGUCUCAACGAUGAUGACUUCGCUCAGAGGAGCGUAUUGGAUCUUGGGCUUGCGCUGCAUCGCCAAGGGUGUGAAGCGCGGCUGUGUCAGCUGCCUUCGUCACGAUUCUCGACCGUUCAACGAGGAGGCGGCGCCUCUGCCGGGCUGCAGAGUGACUCAGUCCCCUCCAUUCACAGUGACUGGUGUUGAUUUUGGUGGUCCCCUGUUCAGCGUCGAUUUUCCACGGAAGAAGUUUUACGUGUGCCUGUUCACGUGUGCUGUCACGCGUGCCGUUCACCUUGAAAUGACUGACGCCCUGUCGUUACCGGCAUUCAUGCUAGCACUCAGGCGUUUUUCAGCCAGGCGCGGUCUACCAAGGAUCAUGUACUCUGACAACGCACCUACUUUCAGGGGAGCUGAUAAGCAGCUGCAGCGUGUCUACAGUCAUCUGGCGCCUGAGUGGCGCUUCAUUGUACCGCAUUCGCCGUGGUGGGGCGGAUGGUGGGAACGGCUCAUCCGUUCCGUGAAAGUGGGCCUGCGCAAGUCGCUUGGGUCACGCUGUCUGUCACGGGAUGAGCUGGAGACUGUGUUGUUAGAAGUUGAGUGUUGUGUUAACUCCCGUCCAUUGACGUUUGUUGGUGAUGGACUGGACUCGAGCCCCCCGAUCACCCCGGCGCACUUUCUGACGGGUAGAGGGACCGGGUUCUCCUCGCGGGUGGUGGAGGACCCUGCCUGUGUGAAUGCGAAGGCGCUGACUGAGAGAGCUCGUGUGUGUGAGAAGCGUCUGGCUAGAUUUUGGUCUGUCUGGUACAAGGAGUAUGUCAGGACCCUGCCGCCUUCUGUCAGAAGGUUCGGGCCUCAAGGUAAGCUGUCCGAGGGCUCCAUGGUCAUGCUGCAGGAGGAUAACGUGCCGCGCAUGAGGUGGGUACAUGGCGUCGUCACGAGACUGAUCACCGGCCGAGACGGAAAGGUGAGGUCGGCAGAAGUCCGGACUCCGUCUGGUCUAAAAACCCGUCCCAUCCAGAGGCUUUUUGACCUCGACCCGCUGUCCUCUGAGCCGUGAACCGCUCACAUUCGUCGGCGGUGUUAGACCGCAGUGUUCGUCAGCAGUGUUAGUUUGUUUUUCUCUCGUCUGCGAUUACAGGCAAGGCAGUGUUGGGCGCCGACUGUAGAUGUCGCUCUGUGUGGAAUGUGGGCCCCUGCGGAGUAAAACCGGCAGCUCUGGCGCAGCGGUCAGUGCCGGGCGGCGGCGGCGUUCUCCCCUCCCCUCCCCGUCGGGACCCAUCCGCAACAGUCCCGGCGAGAUUUGGUGUGCCUUCGCGUGAGAAGUGUAUUUGUGUUGUUACUUGUUAUUGAUUGUUGUGUUUGUUAUUACGUCGCGUACCACGGGGCUGUGAUGCUUGUGUGCCUUGUAUCGCGUUGGUGGGCGCUCCGCCGGCCGCUGCCCGCGCUCGCUGUAGCGCCGGCCAAUCGGAGGGCCGGGCCGGGCGGCUAGCCCCAGGCGCCGGCCGAACUGACCUGGGGUCGGGACUCGGAGCGGCAGUCAGUCGGCUCUCGAUCUCUGCGCGGUACGUGCCCGUCCGGACACGUGCUCUCUGAGCUCGGGCGUCGCUCCGGCGAUUUGAGGCCGUCCCAAUAAUCUAAUACUGGUGGUUCGCCCUUGUGGACGACCAUUUUGAUGCCAGUAUUCCCCCUAAAUCUAAUACGUUUGCAUCUCUACGGAGUAUGGUUUCGGCCGUUCGGUCGAACCUACUCGUAAAGUUUCCUUAGCAAUUUCCCAUAGUUAUCCUCUCUUAAUCUGGCUUAGCUCCAGUUUAACUCCGGAUAUAGCGCCGUUUCACCUCAGGGUUAACACACGACAUACAAUCGCGCACAUCAGCGGGAUGCGCUCAUGUUCGACGGCUCGAUGCGUCUGACUCGUUCUUGGAUUCGUGUUUGUCUCUGCUGGCAAGUGUCUAACCAGCUCAUGUCUUGUUCUUGAUUUGUUUUGAUUUUCGGCACGCAUGAGUAAGACUUGUGCGGAGGUUUCUCCGACAAGGUUUCGACAAUACAUUUAAGACGUGCCAAGUACAGCUUUGACCUGGCGGUCGCGGUGAUCAGUCGGCUAGUCCAUUCUCUCAAAUGAUACAGUCCACUUAAAGCUCUCCACACCCACUUCGACUGCACGUCCCCCGCCACAGUAGGGUGCCAACUCGGGCCACUCUCUGUGGACAGCGGCAGGGCCGCUCCAAGUUUCGACGUGCAGGGCGACCUUUCAACAUCAACACGGGGUAGCGGCCACGACAUAGUCCUCCGGGGGCCGGAUCACUGGGAGCAUUUCCACCAGGUUUGCUUAUAGUGAUCAAUCACCAGCAUAUAGAGAGAGAUGGGUAAGCCAGACCCCAACACAGACAUUGAGUCACUGAAGGCGAAACGCACCAAAGACCGAAGCA